UGAUCUUGAAAAUGAUAAUGAUAAAGUUAUAGUUAGUAUGAUAGCAGACGCUUUCAUAAGUCAGUGUUUUGUUUUCUCGCGGCCAGUGCGGUUGACAGUUGGAAUAGUGAAGUGAUUUGAAAAUGGAGCUAAAUACGACAGAAUUUGAUUGGUUCAGCACAACUGUGGUGCCUGAGAGUGUACCGGUGACAGAGAGUCCUGAUAUAUCGACAUGGCUGACGAAUAUAUUUUUGCAGCGCGCGGCAACCACCGGGAGCUUCUGGCAGGGCUUCCUCGCCUCCCUAUCCGUCGUCAUAGUCUCCGAGCUCGGCGACAAAACCUUCUUCAUCGCCGCCAUCAUGGCCAUGAAGCAUCCUCGCAUCAUCGUCUUCGCCGGCGCCAUAUCUGCCCUCGUCUUCAUGACAAUCCUAUCUGCCGCUUUCGGCUGGAUAGCGACAUACAUACCAAGGAUAUACACGUAUUAUAUCAGCGCAGCGCUCUUCGCUAUAUUUGGUAUCAAGAUGCUAAGGGAUGGGUGGAAGAUGGAUCCGAAUGAGGGACAGGAGGAGCUGGAGGAGGUGCAGAGUGAAUUGAAAAGGAGGGAGGAUCAGGACGAAAAAGAAGAGACCUUAGACAUGCUAGAACAGGGUCAAGCAGAGAAUCGACGGCGGAAACGAAACGCCGUUAUUAAGGUGCUCCUCCAAGCCGCGACCCUAACGUUCCUCGCCGAGUGGGGCGACCGAUCGCAGCUGGCGACCGUCGUGCUGGCGACGCGCGAGAACGCGGUCGGCGUCGUGGUCGGCGGCUCGCUGGGACACGCGCUGUGUACCGGCCUGGCGGUCAUAGGAGGCCGGAUGGUGGCGCAGAAGAUUAGCGUUAGGACUGUGACAAUAAUCGGUGGUCUGGUGUUCCUCUUCUUCGCCGUGAGCGCGCUGUUCAUGGGCCCCGACUAAUAUAGACAAUCCGUACGUUGACCAGGCGUGGAUCACUCCGCGAUUUCGUCGCGUCGCAACAAGUGGCUAGCCAUAGGCCGCGCGUGGCGCUUGAGCCACCUAGCGGUCAUAUCUGUCCUAAUCGUAAUAGACGCGUUUUGUUUAGAGAGUGAAUCUUCUGUACCUAGUACUAUUAUUUAUUCUGUGCUGUGGUUUAUUUUCCAAAAGUGUUUUUCAAUAAAGAGACACGUCAAGAUCGUGUAGUCUUUUUCUAAAUGCUUAAAUAAAACGAGUUAUAAUAGAGAUCUAUUUAGAACAAAACAUGUUGUCAAUUGUUUACGAGUGCAAAUUCAUGCUUUAUUUAUAUUGUUCAUACAUAAUUAUUAUAUAUUGUGAAAUGCGAUUUGUAAUCCUAGACAUAAUGAAAGCCAUGAAUACAUAAUAGUAUAGGGUCUAUAAGUAUGAUACAAUUGUAAAGAAAUCUCUUGGGUUAGGUUUUAUAAAGGUAUAAAUUACAAUAUUGGCAACAUGCAACACGCACUGGCAACAUUGAUUAACACUUGCGAGACCAAUGAUGAUCUCCUUUAGGCGGUGUUGCCAAUUUAAAAUUGUAAGAGCUUUACAAAAUCGGGCCCAGUUGUAUUAAGAUACAGAAACAGACAACGCAAGUAAUGUGACAGGAGACAUAUAAUUCUGUUUAACACAACCGGGGUGUACGCAGCUCGCUGCGUUACUCAUCUGGAAUCGGCCUUUAGUAUCAAAUAAUUGUAAUGUUCAGUCCGCCAUUUUAGCUACAGAAGUACACAUGUAACGUUGUUUUUCAUCACACUUGCUAGGCGAUGCGGUCCGUAAAUCCUAAAUUUCGACCUAGGGCUGUAAUGUACGUCCGAAAUUAGGCAGAAGUUUUAUUUUAUUUUCCUCAAAAGUGAUGAAAAACAUUGUGUGCCACAAGCGGUACAGGAAUCGUGUUAAUUAAGCCCACGCCAAUUCACAUGCGUUCGUAAAUUCUUGUUUACCGCCCUUAAUACACUACUAUUAGGGUCGAUCAACUAUUUCUUGUUGUUAUUCUGUCCCAUCAGCCAGGAGACAAUAGUAGCAUAGUUUCUUAGAAGAGCUGCUGUACCAUGUUCUACAAACGUGCUAGGCCUUAACUACCAAAAAUUUCAGGUUUGAUUCAUUUAAAUACGAAAUAACUAGUAUUUUAAGAGUGACCCAGGAGACCGUAACCAUGGCAACUAGUGACAAGAAAAAGUUGAUUCACCCAUUAAAGGCCCGUUAUUCUAUCCGUAACUAUUUAUAUUACUUGGUAUAUCUAGGAGUGUUUUGUAUAGAUGGUCUGUGAUAUAAUCUUAUUUUGUGAAUAACAUGUCUUAAUGACGUAGAGUAGAUAUCUCGACCAUUAUCCAUUUUUUUGCGUUUAAAUUACUCAUGUGAUAUAUCUAUAUCGCGUUCUACAGGGUGAUCCAGAACUCCUAAUGAAUAAAUGUACCAGUGAUGGACACUGUCCGAAUAAUUGCCUCAUUUAAACGUAAUUCCAAGCAAUAUAGGUGACAAACUGUGUCAACUAUAGGAAUUGCGUUGUUUAAUACUAGGACAUUUACCUUAUUAAUCAAAUAAUCUGUAGGAAUCAGUCUUAAAAUGCAGGUAAAUUUUUUAUACAUAUUUUUUUGCGUCAAGACUUAGUGGUAGUACUUAUUUUGAAAACAGUUGUCUAAAUUUUGCUUCUCUUAAAUGUAUCUUGUUUAAUGUUAACUCAUUUCAAAAAUUCUCACUUGAUUAAUUGAAAAAUUCGGGAGGAACAAAUUUAAAAACAAACGCCAGAAAAUUUGUGAACGUGUAGUUAUCUGCAAAGGACUGUAAGUUAUCUUCGACGAAGAUAUUUUACAAGUUCUAAUGUAUGUAUGUAAACUAUUGUUAAAUACCGAUUAAGUUUAUUUUUUAUAAGUACAAAAGUGAACGCCGUAUCAUGUUUGAUGCUUUUGUUAAGUGUUGAAUUAUUUAAAGUAUUAUUUUUUAUGUAAAAUUGAAAUAAAAUUAGAUGUAUAUA